AUGCAAGCAAAAUCAACCACACUGGCUUUCUCACGGUUAUGGGAUCUGAAUAAAGCCACCGAACUUAUGUUGCAUAUAUUAUUUAUUGCUCAUACGAUCAUAACCCAUUUCACCCUCGCCUGGAAACAACAAACGAUCUUGAAAAUGCUGGCUCUAGUGGAAAAUCGCUUCGAUCACUUCAGCGAAAACAUAUUCCACCAGAACAAAAUCGCUGAGGAUGAAGAAAAGAACAACUCUAGAUAUUUAACUGCAAUCACCGUGAUCAUCUCGUCCGUACACCUCAGCUUCAUAAUAACCUCCAAGGUUUACAUGAUAAACCUUCCUCCAGAGCAGAAGUCACUCCUGUACCCAGUCACCGUGCCUUUUGAAAUGUCCAACACGGUGUACUACAUAGUCUACUUAUUGCAGUUGAUCACUACAUUCUUCGAAGGCACCACUCACAUCACGAGCAUCGCUAUUUGUACAGGCUUCAUGAACAUCCUAUGUGCCGAGUACACAGUGCUGGGCAAGUCCUUCAGGCACAUGGGCAAGCUGGGCAGACAGCGGGCACUGCAAUGCCCAGGAACAGAAGUGGCCCUAGGAUGGACCCCUGCGCGACACCACGACUAUCACACUCAGGCGUUGCUACGCUCCUUCGUCGACCACCAUAUACUUAUGAUAAAUUUUCACAAGGCCCUGCAGUCCACGUUCGCUAUCCCUAUCUUGGAGAUGUUUCUAAACUGUGAGAUAAUGCUAUGUACCUGCUGCUUCCAGAUGUUCAAGAUGUAUCAGAAAGGGGAGUUUGAGAAAGUAUCCAAACUGCUGUGCAUGUUUUUUGCUCUUCUCGCUCAUGAAUUUGUAUAUUUCUGGUUUGGAAGUAGGGUGACUGAAAAGGUUCAGAGUUUCUGCUACGACGUCUACGCUUGUGACUGGCAUGAGAGAUCAGUCAGUUUCAAGCGCAGCUACCGCAUAGUGCUGGAGCGCAUCAAGCGCGGAGUCACCAUUCAAGCGCUCGUACUGCCUGUUAACCUAAUCACAUUUGCUAAGGUUCUGCAGAUUGUCAAAGGCUGA